AUGGCAGCGGUGUCGCUGGUGGACCUGCUCACAGGCGCCGGGCCCGCUCAGCCAUUGCUUUGCGUGCGCGACGAGGCGCUGACGCUGCGCUUUGCCUCGGGCCCGCAGGAGUUUGGCCGGAAGUGGACCUUGGAGCGCGAGGUUCUCAAUGCUUCGGCGCGGAGAAAACCGCCCCAGCGGCCCAGCGCCUGGGUGGGGGCGGCCAGGCGGAGGUGCAGACUGGACAGCCACAAGGUGCUUCAGCGCCAGCUCUUCCCCUUCCAGCUGGGCCGCUUGCGCCGCGUUCUCCUGGACCACCUGGAGCGGAUCUUCGACCUCGGCGCGGUGUACCACGACUUCUACGCCGGCGCCUUGGCGGAGCACGGCGGGCCGCUGCUUUUCCGCGCGGCGCUGGCGAAGCCAUCGGUGAGGAAGGCGACCCGGAGGGCUACGCCUAUCCACAAGAGGGAGCGCCUCCAGCCCUGCCGAAGGGCGCGAUUUCGCCCACUUCGGCCUUGGAGCUGGUGGGAAAUUUCUUCUACCACGCCCACGGCCGGGAGCAGUGCGAGCCCAACUUUUGCGGCGGAUCUGACGUGCCGGUGGUGCAGCUGA